GUUAUUUAACUGCUUGUCUGAAACUGGGAGUCCAUUUCGGUGCGAUUGGCCUUCCCGACAGAACGUUUUAUUUCACAAGGUAUCUGGACGAACAGAGACAUAUACUAUUAAGGUAGAAAAGACGGAAAACACGCCGAAGAUGAAGUUCGUGGCCGCCAUUGUGCUACUUGCCCUGAUGAAGGAGAGCCGCGGGAUCACACCAGCCCCAUUGUACACAUGCGCUGACCAGUCGAAUGUCGUCCUGGUCGUAGAUCGAUCCCAAAGCGUUGCUGGCUCAUUCAGCGCAAUCCAGACUGCCGUCAACAGCUUCAUCACUGAAAUAAUCAGCAACAACCCCAACGUCAACGUCGGCUUGGUGUACUACGACAGUUCGGUCGUGCAGCAGCAGCAGCUGACAAGGGAUGCCAACACACUCACGGCCUUCGUCAGCUUCCAGAGCGCGGGCGGCUCUGGAACACGCACUGACCUAGCUAUCCAGGAGGCCAUCAACAUGCUCCAAUCCUCGCCCUUACCCGCAACAUCGGGCAGCAUCGUUGUCGUCACUGAUGGCAUCUCUCAACUGCCCACACAGACAGCUUCCGUAGCAGCAGCAGCAAUGGAUGCGUCCUACACCAUGUUCGCUGUGGGUAUCAGUGCCAAUGACCCCAACUUCGCACAAGAACUGUUCGACAUCACCCGUGAUCCGGCUCAGACCACACAACUCACUGGCAUCAAUCAGCUGACUACAGCCCUCGUAAACAUUGCAACGUCACUCUGCGCCUACACAGUGUGUAGUGGUUGCGCCGUUGAUGGAGGCAGCCGUAUAACAGAGCACCCGAGAAGGUGUGACAAGUUCUACCUGUGUGAGAGGCGUCCCAAUGAACGAAUGAUGGCAUAUGAAAAGGUCUGCCCGAUUGGAACCCUCUGGCAUCGCAGAGAGCGCACCUGCAAACCCAGCCGAUCCAUCUUGAGAGACCCGACCAGUGGAUGCACCAACUGCGCCGGUGCUCAACAGAACUUCCCCGUCGGCGACUACUGUGAGAUCUACUACACCUGCGGCGUUGUCGAGGGCGAGGCCAUAUUGAACGUCAACUGCUGCCCGACAGGGUCACGAUAUGACAACAACAUCGCCACCUGCACGCCUGACAACACCUGCCAACGACGGCGGUACGAGGACAAGGUUUCGUGUCGCAGCUACUACGCAUGUGAUGGACCCGCCAACUCAUGGCUCUCCAGCUGCUGCAACACCGCCUACUACGACCCGCGCACCCAGCAGUGCACCAACGACACCAACUGCAAAGGGACGUGCGAGAACUCCGUUUACCACCACUGCAACUCUCUCCAACCGAAUCCUGUUAACAAGUGCAAGUUUCUUGUCGUGGUCGCCAACAGAGCUAUCGAGAUGGACUGCCCCGGACAAACCGCCUACAGCCAAACGGAAUGUCGAUGUGUAGAAGAUUUGGACUGUGGAGUUGUUAGCACACCAUGUGGUCCGGAUGUGAUCAUCACUGUGACGCCAGAUCAGACAAACCAAUGGGGUUUCAGUGAGUCGAGUCGUAAACAAAACUGGAUAGACGUAAAGAACGUGGAAUACUCAGCUGGAACCAUUCGCCUGGCCGGCCAGAACAACUUCUUUACUGUUCCGUUUUACGCCAACAACGAUCAGGCAUUUUCCAAAAACACGGUCUUCUUCCGGGUCAACGUGCAGGAUGACCUCAUUGGUCUUUCUGGGAACCCUCAGGAAAUGGUCGUCCUCAGCAACGUGCCCUGUGUUGGUGGCAAGAGUGAAGCCGGGAUUUUAGCAUCAGUGUACAUAAAGAUGACGCCAGCUACGGGCCAGGUCACGUUCGGAGUUCGAACAGUAGGUGGAGAGGCAACCGUCACAGUCAAUUAUUCACCGACUAACUCCCAGGACUGGAAGGAGAUCACAUUGCGGUACACACAAUCCCCGGGGCUGCUGGAGGGGCGCGUCAUCCUCUACACCUACGACGUCAACGGUGUCCGCGUCCAAACGGGAACGGAGUUUACCUCGAGCAGUUCCGCUACAUCUGGUCGUAUCUUGACAAGCGACUGCGGCGUAAGGCUGGGCAAGGGACUGAACGCUGAAAAUUCAUUCACCGGACGGAUGGACAAUAUUGCGUUCUACUCGUCAUGUGUCACCGGAGUUCCUGCCGUCAACGCCGUCAACAUUCCGGUCUAACGCUGCAACCACAACAGUUGUGGCCUGGGUGAAGACAGUCGAAUAAUCUCGUUUUCAAGAAUUUGUAACUGUGAAUAAAUGUAUCAUCUAUGUUUGUACAUCUUACUUUGUUUGUCUUUUAAGUUUAUUUUGUGUGUAAUAUCACAGUGUGAGGAAAUAAAGAAAUAUGUGUCGUGAUCA